CUACACUACCCUUCUAUAUUCCGUCUUCCAUAUUCUAGGAAACACUUUCAUUUGCGCGCGUGGAGGUUUUCAUUUUACCUUCCUACCGUUUGCAAUAAAAGCUCCUGUCUUGGUCGUCGUCCAUACUCUAUUUCGCCCUCUCAACAGCAAGACACUUUGCCUUUCGGCAAAUCAUUACUCGCGUCUUUUUACACGCGUCUCCUCAUACGUGUUACCCUUCGUGUCCCGUAAAGGUUCGUAUUUUAUAUCUACCCAAUAUUUACCAUUAUAAUCUGUCGCAGACGGAUGUCCAUCUAACUGGCAACCAUAGGCACCGCACUAAAUCCUGUCUUCAAGACAGUGCCGCUCCGGAUUCAGUCAGCAACAAUGCCGCUACCGUCGUUCUCGAAGUACGAAGAACUUAUCCCUGAGCUAAAGCUUGAGAUCUGGCGCCAGGCCUCGCUUUCUCCCGGUGUCCAUUACUUCAAGGUCAGACCGUGGAUAGGUACACGGGGAGCCGAUCUUCACGUUCAAAGGAUCGAGCUCACUCCUUCUGGUCAGCCGGACUCUGAUCCCUCCGUAUGGAGAGCUCGUGCUAGCAUUGCCAAGGCCGAUAAAUACUCAUGGGAGAUCGCGAAGAGACUUCUAAAAGGAGCAUCGAUUAAAGAACUCUGGUGUCCCCAGCGCGGGAAUAAUCCUAGCGCUGUAAUUGAUUGUGACCAUGAUCUUGUCUGCGUCAGGUUCCACGGUCUUAUCUCUAACCCGUAUAUUGGACGCUUUGGCGACUUCGAUAAGUUGGCGGGCAUUAGGCGCGUCGCGGUCGAGUACAAGAAUAAUUGGAGGCCUUCCAUCAUGUACAAUUGGCCUCUACCGACUUUCCAGUGCCUAUGUCCUAAUACAUUCCACAAGGUCACAGUAGUUUGUCCCAAAGCGUUAGAAGACUUCAUCCCGUACUUUCCGGAUAUUGAGAUCUUCUACUUCAUGGUCAUGUUGACUAGCCAGACCAUCAAGCCUCCUCCGCCGGCCCCAAGAGGAAAGAAGCGAAAUCGACAGGGAAUUGUUAAGAAGGACGGUGGCCAGCAGCCUGAGCCCGCACCGGUAGAACCACAGACACGAGGAAGGGUUGCUCAGGUGACUUCGGAUAUCUUCACCAAGUUCCGAGGUAGGUGCUUCUUCUUAUACCUUACGGGAAAGAACAAGGCUGGACUUUAAUUAUUUUAUGUAUAGAAAAUAUGCUAAUAUGCCUGUGUAAAUUUGUAGAUAUUGCGGAACGGAACAAACUCGACACCUUCGAGGACAGGGUGUUCACUUACUGCGAGGCGCGAGAAACCGACACGUCGUGUCUCCUUAUGCACGAGGAACUAUGGAAGGUCUUUAGCGAA